GGGUCGGUUUGGUUUGACUUCUUUCCAGGAUAGGUUAGUUUUUCUCCAGUGUCUCUGAUGCCAGAACAAGGCCCCAGAAUGAACGGUUUCUCUCUGGGCGAGCUCUGCUGGCUGUUCUGCUGCCCGCCUUGCCCCAGCCGCAUCGCUGCCAAGCUGGCCUUCCUGCCCCCGGAGCCCACCUACACCGUGCUGCAGCCCGAGCAGCAGCAGGAGGCCGGGGCGGCAGCCGGGGCAGGGACCCCGACGGGAUCAGGCACCUGCAGCCUGCACUUGAGCGAGCGGGCGGACUGGCAGUACUCACAGCGGGAACUGGAUGCCGUGGAAGUGUUCUUCUCCCGCACGGCUCGAGAUAACAGGCUGGGCUGCAUGUUCGUACGUUGUGCCCCCACUGGCCGGUACACGCUGCUCUUCUCACACGGUAAUGCUGUGGACCUGGGCCAGAUGUGCAGCUUCUACAUUGGCCUUGGUUCUCGCAUCAACUGCAACGUCUUCUCUUAUGACUACUCUGGCUAUGGGGUGAGCACCGGCAAGCCCUCUGAGAAAAACCUGUACGCAGACAUUGAUGCAGCCUGGCAGGCCCUCAGGACAAGGUAUGGUGUUAGUCCUGAGAACAUUAUUCUGUAUGGUCAGAGUAUUGGUACUGUCCCUACAGUAGACCUGGCAUCUCGGUACGAGUGUGCAGCAGUAAUCCUUCAUUCUCCCUUGAUGUCUGGAUUACGGGUAGCUUUUCCUGACACUAGGAAAACCUAUUGCUUUGAUGCUUUUCCAAGCAUUGACAAGAUAUCUAAAGUAACCUCUCCUGUGCUGGUCAUCCAUGGUACCGAAGAUGAGGUAAUCGAUUUCUCCCACGGCCUGGCCAUGUAUGAGCGAUGUCCACGAGCAGUAGAGCCCCUCUGGGUGGAAGGGGCUGGGCAUAAUGACAUAGAGCUUUAUGCACAAUACUUGGAGAGACUAAAACAGUUCAUAUCUCAUGAACUUCCCAACUCCUGAAGAAGCCUACCUGAUUUUACCUCAGUUACUGUGAACAGAAGAAAUUACCUGGUUUUGCACAUGCUUUAACUGGAUAGCUGUAAUAGCUUUAUACUAUGAAGAAAUACCCUGUCUUUAGGGUGUUCUAAUCAAACAUCUGAUGAAAUUUGUCUUUUAUAUCUGGAAAUUAUUCUACUAAUGCACACAAUUAUGGUCAACUACUGUAAUUCCAACAAUUUUUAGCUUCGUUGCCCUGAAGGAAGUGGGAAUACUAGCUGCUUAUGGGGACACUUUUUACCUAGUGCUGUGUUAAUCGAAGAUCGGUUUUCUCUGUCUCACUUCAGAUCGUUUAUAAUUCUGUCCUACAGAGACUUUUUUUCCCCAGUGUUCUCAGUGUGGAGAACACAACUGUUAUGAGCUACAGCUUGUUCCGAGCAAUCAGCCGUGGGUUCGAUCUAAGGGAGUACUUUCUCUGUAAAGUUUCUAGCUGUGGUAUUGUAACUGGAAAGUUAUUGUGAUGAAGUUUCCCCCCCUCCCUUCUAGUGUUCUUUUGUUAACUUACUGAUCUUCCCGAGUAAAUUAUUUAAAUAUACUUUUUCCUGAAAAUAAACUGUAUGGGGCUAAACUCUGUAACGACCACUCCAUUACCUGUAUAAGCAUAACUGGAAUAUUCUUAAAGGAACUAGGGACAAAAUUGCUUUUGUUUAAAAAUAAAUGUGUAAAUUUACUACUAGAAAACUCAUUUUAAUAUUCAGAUGGUCUGAAUAAUAGCCAUAACAGACAUUUCCUUCUGUAAAGCAUUCCUGUAGACUUUUUAAAAGUACUGUACAUAUUUGAAUUUACAUUGUGCAUAGAUUCUUAAUUGGUAGUUUUAAUUUAAGUCUAGUUACAAUAAACUGCAAAAUUCUGGUUUGUAUAUGAUUGAAUACAUUUUGUUAAAAUAUGUUUUUAUCCCUAUAUUAUUUUGCUAUUAAAGUUUUAUAAAGUUUCCAGGACAAAAAAAAAUUUACACAUUUAUGUUUUGAUGAAUUUAUGUAACUAAAUUUUCAUUGAGCUGAUCUUUUUAGUUUAAAGUAAUUUGAUUCUUUGACACUGGAAUCGCACAAAUUAUGCAUCAGAAAUGCAAGACACUUAAAAAUUGUUACACUACUAGCAUAGGUCUAAUUUUUCCAAAUUUAAAGGCCUUAAAUGUACUGUAAGCCUCAGAUUGUUGUAUAAAUUGAUCGCGAUUGAUUGCAGUUUGUGUCCUGUUGCUAGAAUGCAACACAGUGAUUGUAAUGGAAUAAAGGAUGCAUGGAUUAGAGCUUGC